AUGUCUUCUUCGGACGAUCAGCUGUGUAUCAACGUCACUUCCUGUUCACCUUUGCGAGACGUGCCUGAUGGGAAGCGCCGGAAGGAAUUUAAAAAGGCCAGGACGCAAAAGGCGGAGCUCCGGGCACGGGCCCCGCCUCCUUCACGCAUGCAGACAGACGACGGGACGGGGGUCAAGACUUCGUCGCUGUUUAAACACAACCCAGACAUACCUGCGGUGCAAAGGCCUCAAGUUUGUCCAGUAAGCGAGAAGAUUUUCACCUCGGAAUCCUUCUCAGAUCUGAACCUUCAUCCUCAUCUGGUGGCAACACUCAACAAAGUCUUCAACGUUUCCACGUUGACCAGCGUGCAGAAGCAGAGCAUUCCGGCGCUGCUGUUGGGAAGAGACGCCGUUGUCCGAUCUCAGACAGGCUCAGGUAAGACGUUGUCUUUCGCCAUCCCGCUGGUACAGACGCUUCAGGCUCUGCCGAACAAAAUCCAGCGCUCGGAUGGCCCCCUCGCUGUUGUGGUCGUCCCCACCAGAGAGCUGGCCCUGCAGACCUUUGCCACUUUCCAGAAACUCCUGAAGCCCUUCACGUGGAUCGUCCCCGGAGUCCUGAUGGGCGGAGAGAAGAGGAAGUCGGAGAAGGCCAGGCUUCGCAAAGGCAUCAACAUCCUGGUGUCCACGCCAGGACGCCUGGUGGAUCACAUCAAAAACACCCUCAGCAUCGCCUUCAGCGCGGUACGCUGGCUCAUUCUGGACGAGGCCGACAGGACGUUGGACUUGGGUUUUGAGAAGGAUCUGACCAUCAUCUUGAACGCUUUGAACUCAGCCGGAACGAAGAGACAAAACGUCCUCCUUUCCGCAACACUGACGCAAGGCGUGACGCAUCUGGCGGACAUUUGUCUGAAGGAUCCCAUCAAAGUACAGCUUAGCGAGCCUUCCGCCGUCGGCCCGUCUGAGAGCUUUGCCGUGCCGACGGAGCUCAAACACUUUGUGGCGUUGGUGCCCAGUAAAAUCCGACUGGUUUGUCUGGCUGCCUUCCUGCUACAUGACUGCCGGGACAAGAAGGCCAUGGUCUUCGUUUCCAGUUGCGAGGAGGUGGACUUCCUGUACUCGCUCUUCUGUGGCGUCCUGUCGGCCAAUCGGCGGGCCGGGCUCUGCUUUCUGCGGCUCCACGGCAACAUGCCUCAGGAGGAGCGCUCGGAGGUCUUCCAAAAGUUCUGUGAAGAUUCCCGUGGAGUUCUGCUGUGUACGGACGUCGCCGCUCGCGGGUUGGACCUCCCUCAAGUCACGUGGAUCGUGCAGUACACACCUCCGUGCAGCCUGUCAGAGUACGUCCACCGCGCGGGGCGCACGGCCCGCAUGGGCUCGGGGGGCAGCAGCCUCCUCUUCCUCACGCCUGGCGAGUCCGCCUUCGUCGACGAACUGGCCGCGGGCGACAUCGGCCUGUCGGAGUUGAAACUGGACGACAUCCUCGCCCGGCUCGCCGAGGACGACGCCUACGAGCGGCAGAGCCGAGGCCGCGGCCAGACUCGCCGCGGACCUCCGGAAGAGGAAGCGCGUGUGCGUGCCACCGUCCUGCAGACUCACUUUGAGAACUUUGUCCACGCGGACGCCACAUCCCUGAGGAACGCCAAAAAAGCGCUGGGUUCGUACCUGCGUUCGUACGCCAGCUACCCGGCCCGCCUCAAGCACGUGUUCCACAUCCGCGCGUUACACCUGGGCCACGCCGCCAAGAGCUUCGGCCUGAGGGACGCCCCCAAAGGCCUGGCCGCCUGCGCCGGGCCCCCGCGAGGCGCCCGCGACGCCGAUCGUCGCCGCCCAGCCAAGAGGUCCCGGGCGAAGACGAAGAACGACGCCGACGAGUUCUCCAGUGGCGUUGUGAUUAAAAAGAAGCGGCGGCAGCAAGCGGCGGCAGAGAAAAUGGCCGAGAAAUGA